AUGCAGGCGCGCUACUCUGUCUCCAGCCCCAACUCUUUGGGAGUUGUUCCCUACAUAAGCGGCGACCAGAGCUACUACCGGGCGGGUGGCGGCUACACCGGCAUGCCCGCGCCGAUGAGUAUGUACUCACACGCGGCCCACGACCAGUACCCGGCCAGCAUGGCCCGGUACGGACCCUACACCCCUCCGCACCAGCCGAAGGACAUGGUGAAGCCUCCCUACAGCUACAUCGCCCUCAUCACCAUGGCGAUCCAGAAUUCCCCGGAGAAGAAGAUUACCCUGAACGGGAUUUAUCAGUUUAUCAUGGAGAGGUUCCCCUUCUACCGGGACAACAAGCAGGGCUGGCAGAACAGCAUCCGACACAACCUGUCCCUGAACGAAUGCUUUGUCAAAGUGCCCCGGGACGAUAAGAAGCCCGGGAAGGGCAGCUACUGGACCUUAGACCCGGACUCCUACAACAUGUUUGAGAACGGCAGCUUCCUGAGACGCCGGCGGAGGUUCAAGAAGAAGGACGUGCAGAGGGAGAAGGAGGACCGGGACCGACAGUGCAAGGACACCUCCGGGCGCGGCACGGGUCGGGAGCAGGAGCCACCGGUGCAGGGCUCCCAGCCGGUGAGGAUCCAGGAUAUAAAGACCGAGAACGGGACCGCCACCCCGCCUCCAGCCGCGUCCCCGACCCUGGGCGCCGUGCCCAAGAUCGAGAGCCCCGACAGCAGCAGCAUGUCCACGGGCAGCCCGCACAGCGUGCCCUCCACCCGCUCCCUGAGCAUGGAGAGCGCAGAGCACCACCACCAGGUCCCGGCGCAGGGCUUCAGCGUGGACAACAUCAUGACCUCCUUGCGGGGUUCCCCGCAGGCCGAGCUCUCCCCGCCGCUCAUCGCCUCUUCUCGGACAGGUAUCACCCCGUCACUAUCGCUCAAUUACUCCCCCAACCAGACGUCGGGCUACACUUCCACCUGCAACCAAAACGUCAUCUCCACGAGCCCCAGCGCCAGCUACCACUGCAACAUGCAGGCCAUGAGCCUGUACGCCGGGGACCGGUCUUCCGGGGGGCACCUGGCGGCCCCCACCUCAGUGGAGGAGGCCCUGCCCGAUUAUUGCAUCACCACGACCACGGCGUCCCCGCUCGGCCACGGGAGCCAGGCGGGUCCCCAGGAGGGCCACCACGCGCAUCAGGGUAGGCUGGCGUCCUGGUACGGCGACCUGAGCCACCUGAGCCCGGGCUACCCGGCGCAGCAGCAGAACUUCCACUCGGUUCGGGAGAUGUUCGAGUCGCAGCGAAUCGGGCUGAACGGCUCCCCGGUGAACGGGAAUAACAGCUGUCAGAUGGCCUUCCCGUCCAGCCAGUCCAUCUACCGCACAUCAGGAGCCUUUGUUUACGACUGCAGCAAGUUCUGA